UUAAAGGGUUCUGGUAAAAAAAAUUGGUAGUCCCUCGCUAGAUAGAGCUGACAUAUCGUAAAGGUGUAGCCAUAUAUCGUACGUACAUUUACAGUGAGAUAGCCCGUUUGUAAUGGUACUGAGCAUGCGCAGUUAGGCCAUAACAACACUGUCUACCCUAAAAUGGCAGACAGUGGAAGAUGUGACCAAAAUAGUGAAACACAUUUCGGGGUGGACUGGGACAAUGUUGUACUUCUUUUAGCCAAGGCACUCAAACAGGAGAAUGCUGAUGUAUUUCUAGAAGUCUAUGACAACUUGAUACCAUCGAAUCUUCCUUCCAAAGAGAUUGAGCACCUGAAAGAAACGGCCAGACGGAUUGCUGAACUACCGGAGAAGGAAUUUGAUAUUUUGAUGGCCGGCUCUGUCACUGAUUAUCAGCCUUCAGUGUUGGAGCAGCAGCAAUCCUGUGAUCCCCCGAAAGCACAGACUGUUUCUUGCCACAUGGCUGCCACAGAUGAAACUGUAGGCAUUAAUGCUGGGGUAGAUGGCAAGAUUACAGCACCCUCAGAAACUGCUAUCAAAAGUGCAUCCGUGUUUGAAACUCCCAACGAAUCCUCAGUGCACUUGGACUGUAACGAUGUUGGAGCAAAAUCUAAUUUACAAUUAAAGCAUGCAGUUAAUGAUAAAGGUGCGAACAAUUUAAUUUCUCAGGCAAAGAAAGAUGAUGUGACUGUGAAGAAACAUGAAGCAGCAUCAAGUGAGGACUCUAAAGUUGAAAAUGAAGCUCAACACAGCAACGUUGAUAUUGGGGCUAGCAUAUCGUUUGGACUAAAACGGAAUGCAACUACCAGUGUCGGGAAUAAGCCAAAGCUUGCUGAAAAGAUCCCUGUUAUAAAUACCAAUUCACAUCGAUUGCUUUCAACUAAGAACAAAUCUGGUGAUAGUACUCAAGGAAGCAAGCCUUCUGUUUCAAGCCCUUCCCCGCACACGAUAGACAAAUUGAUGAAUCGUGCCGUUGAUAUAGUUGAUGCUUCCGAAUACCCUGAAAGUCCAACGUGUCCUAAACCUGAAUUCAUUGACAAUGAGAGCCUUGAUCAUGCUGAUGCCGUAGCCUUGAACUAUGUGUCAGGCGCUAGUAACUUUAGCCGCCGCUCCCAGGGGAAUAAUGCUAUUGAGAAACCUGUGGAGCGGGAGAUGCAGCCUGUGAAGCUAGAAAGCAGUAGGGAGCAGGAGGGAUUGUGCUGCAGCAGUAGCAGUGGCAAGCUGCCAAAGAACUAUGGAAGCAUUGACUCCCCUGAACCACCCACUGGUAGUAGCAUAAUAUCAUCUCCAGAGGACGAAAACUCCCCCACUGCAAGCAGUACCACUGAAGUUCGUGAUGAUGGUGGUGGCGUUGGCGGUGCAGGGGGUUCUGAGGUGCAAGACGAACCCACCAAAAAGAAAAGAAAAAGAAAAAAGAAAAAGAAAGGUAAUGCCGAAGCGGAUCCAGCCGGAACAGCCAACUCAUCUGACCAUGAGAACAAAGGGCUUACAUCACCAGGCACAUCAGGGGCAGAAGACAGUAAUAAGAUUACAGAACCAGUCUCACAGCCUUUGCCCAAGUUAAAAACCCAGCCUCCUCCGACGAAUGGGCCUAGUGGAGCACCAUCUAAAACAUCAGCACUUCCGACGAAGACCAAGAAGGCAGAAAAUAAAAAUGAAAAGAAACAAACAAAUAAUGCAAAGAAACAAGUAGAAUCUUCAGUUGAAGACAGUAAACCUGUCAGCAAAAGUAUAUCUUCUAUUAAGCCUGACAGGCCUAAAUCACUUGACAUGUCAGAUAAAGAUGAUGCUCUAAGGACUACAUAUGAAUCCUCUAGUGAUAAAAAGCUUUCAAACGAUAAGGCGGUUAAAUUAGAUGGUGAUAGAUGUGCUGCAAAGGAAGACAAUGCAUCUGAUAUUAAUUCAGAAAGCGGAAAUGAUGCAGAAAAAAGCAGUGAGGAUACAAGUGUGAAGGCAAGCCAAGAGAGUUCCAUGGAUGAGAAUUUUCGAGAUGAAGAUGAGUCGAAUGAGAAUGAGUGGCAAACAUAUGGAAUCAAGAAGAGCAAGCGGAGAGCUCUUGCUGCAGAGGAUAGGUACAGUUUGAGACCUUCACCUGCAGAUAAUCUGCGACGCUCUUAUUACAGUGGACCAUUUGACCCUAAAUUGCGUAAAUCCAGUAGUGAGCCCUCUGGCAUGUCCAAAUGGAUGGAUGUGAGUGAUAACAGACCAGUACAUAGGCAUGCUUCCUUCUCACGCCACCAUAAUCUGAGAGAGGAGUUUCACAGCUACUCGCGUAAAGCCGACAAUUUACCUGCUGACGAGAUUGUUGAGAAACCUCCCCCACCUGUUUCUGCCAACUCUUAUGCAGCCAAACUGAAAGCCAAACCACCUGUUCCUCCAAGUGCAAGUGGAAGGAAAAGCCAGGAAAGUCAGCCCGUUGUAGGAGACCAUCAGGAAAGCAAAGCGGAAGAUGGUAAAACAGUUUCGGUUUCUCUUGAGUCUGGUGCAACAGAUAGUGGAGAACAACAAGAAGAUCCUCCUUUGAUAAAACCACCAGAAGCCAAGGACAAUUUUGAAACAAAGUCUUCUACAUCGUCUACAACAGGAGAAUUGGACAGUCAAACUGAUCUUAGUGAAAUUCCUGCCAAAGCAUACAGUAGUAGUGCAGUCAGUGCUGCUACAGCUGCCAAAUCAGCAAGUCUCCCACGCGAUAUGGGCCGUAUACCGGACGCAGAAUUGCCAAAACAGGACAAUACGAGUGCAGAUAAUGUUGUGCAAUAUCUUGACUUGCAAUGUUCCAAUGACACUUAUGCAGCACGCCUUAAACAAAGCAUUAACAAGUCAACAACAGACACUAAAACACCUAGUAAAGUACUUAGUACCCAGCAGGAAACGUCAAAAGCUAGCGAUGAUGUGAAACCAGCCAGGACAAGUAAACUAGAGAUCAGCCAUAAAGCUGUCAGCCUUGACUCUGCGCCACCUGCUCAGGCAGUGGUGCCCAAGAAAUCAUCCAGUGCCAAUAGUAAAGACAAGGACAGUAUGCGGACAGUCAAAUCUGAAACCAGCCUUAACCUAACUUCUGAGGGCACUCCUGUCAUUCAGGACAACUCCUUUCCCUUUGAAGCGGAGCCAGCAGAGAGCUUUGACAUCACGUUCGGCUCAGUGAAAUUCUGCGAGAGCGAUUUCGAACUGAUCGACGAUGUGACGCAAAGCAACCAACAGCAGAAGGGUAAAUCCGAUUCCAAGCCCGUGCCUCGACCCUCUCCUGUCAAUAACCAUGAGAACCGAACCAGUGCCAGCUCCCCUACCCCUCCUAAUCAGGUCAGUUGUGCUGAUCUGGAAAAGGCCUGGAUUGCCAAGAGUCCGCAGAACAAUGACAAAAGUGACAAUCACCAUGGCCGGAAGACUACUCCGGACAGUACCUCUACAGUGCCAUCAGUACCUGCAAGCCUUGCUGCCAUUCUUGCAAGUGGCAAUAAGAACAAUACCCCACAUGCUACAGUGGGAGAGAAUAACAACCUGAAGAAGAAGCCGCUGGAUCAACAGCAGUAUUGGGCAGCCAGAUUCAACCAUUCAGAAUUGGCAGAUAUGCUUUUGAAAGAAUGGGAGAAGCUGAACUUUGAGCUAACCAAGCAGUCAUCCAAGGUCGUCGUCUAUGAAGAAGAGUAGGACUGUCCAAGACUUGGGGAUGUUUCACAAAGAUCCUAAGUUUAACAUCAUCGAAAAUAUUUUGUAAAAGUCAUUUUAAAAAGGCGUAAAAUGUUGAUUCAAAUCAA